AUGAUUGCAGCACAAGGAUACAUCACUUCCUUAAAUAUGUUUGCAGCUUCAGAAAAACAAAGUUUAAAGAUCAGGACGUUGCCCUCUGGUGAUGAAAAUGACAGACAGAAGUGCUUAUUCAUAAAAAGCCAGAUUUUCAAGCUUUCCAAGACCAACUUCUCCAACAACAAUGAUUUUCGGGCUCUCCUGCAGUCUCUCUAUGCCACAUUCAAGGAAUUUAAAAUGCAUGAACAGAUUGAAAAUGAAUGUAUCAUUGGUUUGCUUCAGCAGCGUAGCCGGACAGUGUACAAUGUGCACUCGGACAACAAACUCUCCGAGAUGCUUAGCCUCUUUGAGAAAGGGUUAAAGAAUGUAAAGAAUGAAUAUGAACAGCUAAACUAUGCGAAACAGCUGAAGGAGAGGCUGGAAGCCUUUACCAGGGAUUUCCUUCCUCAUAUGAAAGAGGAAGAAGAGGUUUUCCAGCCAAUGUUGAUGGAAUACUUUACUUACGAAGAACUGAAAGAUAUUAAGAAGAAAGUAAUUGCACAGCACUGCUCACAGAAGGAAGCUGCAGAAUUCAGAGGUCUUAGCAAGUGGAAUCAGGCUGAAGAGCUUCAGAAGGUCUUUAAGUAUUCUGUGGAUGAGAAGGCAGAUCAAGAAGCCGAAGUGACAGGGCACACAGCAAAUAUUACGAAUCUUCCUCCAGAAGUAAUGUUGACCAUUUUCAGUUACCUUAACCCCCAAGAGUUGUGUCAGUGCAGUCAAGUAAGCCUGGAAUGGUCUCAGCUGGCGAAAACUGGGUCCCUCUGGAAACAUCUUUAUCCUGUUCGCUGGGCCAGAGGUGAUUGGUAUAGCGGUCCUGCAGCAGAUCUUGAGACAGAACCUGAUGAGGAAUGGGUGAAAAACAGAAAAGAUGAAAGUCGUGCUUUCCAGGAAUGGGAUGAAGAUGCUGAUAUAGAUGAAUCUGAAGAAGCAGCUGAAGAUUCACUUGCCAUUAAUAUAGCACAAAUGGAGAAGCGUUUACUUCAUGGCUUAAUUCAUAAUGUCCUCCCACAUGUAGGCCCUUCCGUGAAGACAUUAGUACUGGCCUACAGUUCUGCAGUCUCUAGCAAAAUGGUAAGACAGAUCUUGGAGCUUUGUCCUAACUUGGAAUAUUUGGAUCUCACUCAAACUGACAUAUCGGACUCUGCAUUUGAGAGUUGGUCUUCAGUUGGUUAUUGUCAAAACCUUCGCCACCUUGAUCUGUCUGGCUGUGAAAAAAUCACGGAUGUGGCAGUAGAGAGGAUUUCCAGAGCUUUGGGUAUCAUAUCAACUCACCAUAACAGAGGCAUUCUGAAAAGCUGCAGAAACAGGAAUGCCAAGACGUUAUGGAAAAAUAAAGAGGUUGCCCUUCAAUCCAACAAGAAAUAUAAUUGUUUCCACGAGAUCAGCAAUGAGAAUCUCAUUGAGGGAGGAGGUAACGAGCAUCAUUGGACUAAACCUGACAAUUCGGAAAGCUUCAACGCAGCUUACGUGUGGAUGCUGGAUGCAGAUGACUUAGCUGACAUCGAAGAUGCUGCCGAGUGGAGACACAGAAACGUUGAAGGGUUUUGUCUUGUGGAACCAGCAGCCAAUAUUAAUUGUUCUGCAUCUUGCUACGCUAGGAAUAUUUAUGGAUUAAGGACUAGAGGGUGGCAGCAGCACUGUGCUUCUACUGACUUGAUUUACUGCGGUCACUCGUUUUGCUGUGCUGGGACAGCACUAAGAACUAUUCGAGCACUUCCCGAGUCCUCUGCACUGUGUAAAAAACCAAGGACUAAACAGUCAGAGAAAAAAGACUUGACAUACUCUGGGAGUGAAAAAUCAGGUGAAGAGACUGCACGAGUUCUUCAGUUUCUCAGUCUAUCUGGAUGUUACCAGGUCACAGAUCGUGCUCUCAGGGCGCUGGCGCUGGCGGGGGGACUGCCGCUCCUGGAGCACCUCAACCUCUCGGGCUGCCUCGCCGUGACCGCCGCCGGCCUGCAGGACCUGGUGGCCGCCUGCCCCUCGCUCAAGGACGAACACUUCUACUACUGUGACAACAUUAACGGUCCCCAUGCUGAAACGGCCAGUGGAUGCCAGAACUUGCAGUGUGGUUUUCGGGCCUGCUGCCGCUCUGGCGAGUGAGGCUGCCCUGCCGUGGCUGCGCAGGCCGCUGCCGUGCACUUCCCCUGCCGCCCGCAGCCUCUGCCCCCGCGCUGCGCCGCGCCGCACGGAGAGGGGCUGCCCCAGCCGCGGCUGCCCGAGUGUGCUCUACACUGUUGUAACAAUCUCACUAGCUCCGUGGAUUUGAAGGGUGUUGGGGGGUAUUUUAUUAACUUGGGGAAGAUGGGAAAAACAUCUCUCUUUUUUUUUUUAUGCUACUUUUCUCCAAGUUUGGCACUUAAGUCUACUGGAUUAUUUUGUGUUAAGUGAAUGGGAUUUUUUUUUUUUUUUAAAUCCACGCUGUAGAGCUCUGCAGAUAAGUUGAAAUGUAUUGUUUGCAUUUGGGUAACAACUACACAUCUUUAGAAGCCUUGUUUUUCCCCCCUUUCCUCUCAUCCUCAAGUUCUUUAUAACUGCAAAAUAGGGAAAAAUCUCACCUUCCUUUUGCAUUUGGUUUUGUAUUUGGGCUUGGAAAGCAUACUCAAAUAAAACAUUCCCAUCAAUAAA